AUGGAGUCGGCAAACACUCCAGCGCUUCUCCUUCUCGACUUACCCGCGUCCGCUCUGGGCGGUAUCGACCUCCUGUCUUUCACCGUCACGCCUCGCUUUCGCGGCGUCAAGGACUUACCAUCCGGCUUUCACUUCGCCUUCGCAGGCACCAGCACCGCAUUUUCAGAGCGACAUGGCCUAUGGUUUCGGAUACCUAGCAAGAGCGCAUCCGAUGGCAAUCCACUCUUUAUCGCGAGGUGGAAUGCUGCGACGGAGACGCUUGAGGCAGAGACGGAUGAGGCAGAGCGAUUGAGGUGGCGAGCGAAUUUGGGAAGCAUCUGGAGGGAGGGGUUGACGCCAUACCGACAAACGACGUCGAAGAGCAAAGCAUCUGAGGCGGAUAAGGAUGAAAAUGAGGAAGAAGAAGUCCACGACUGGCCGAGUCUGACUUCCGCCAUCAGCGAGGCGCUGCUGUCCACGAUUACGGUAGGAGAUUCGAAUCACUGGCACCUCACAUCUGCGAGUUCUGCCAGGCGAGAUCUGGAAGACAUUCCAGGUCUGGAUGAGCAAGACAAGGAGGAACUUCAAGCCGACAAGGAACUGCGCCUACUACCCAUCGACCUCAAGCAAACAUGGAGAGAGGGCGCCACUGGACGAGAGCGCACCGAUGCAGCCCAGGAUCGCUCGUGGGCCCUCGAGCACCUGGCUCGGGAACACUGUGAUGAUCAAGACGUCGAAGAGCUGAUUGGAGAGCUGCAAUUCUGCUUUCUCAUGAUCCUCACCAUCAACAACUUCUCCUGUCUCGAACAGUGGAAGCGGAUUCUGACGCUCAUCUUCACGUGCAAAGCCGCUGUCUCGGAACAGUCUGACUUCUUCAUCAAAGCUAUUGCUGCUCUGAGACUACAGCUUCAGCAUUGCAAGGAUGCAGAGGGUGGUCUGAUCGAUCUUGCAGAUGAGGGAGGAUCACUUCUCAAGAGCCUGCUUGUGCGAUUUCGAAAGGGCUUGGAGGGAAUGACUGGCACUGGCAUAGCUGAUGUUGUCGAUGAGCUGGAUGACUUGGAAGACUACCUUCGACAAGAGCACGGCUGGCAAUUCGGCGGCACUUUCACUCGCUCAGGGGUACUUGAGCUGGAAGACGGAGAGCAGGUACAGAUGGAGAGCACGGCAUACGACGAAGAUGACGAGACGGGGGAAUUCGCACCGCAGAUUGUGGAGCUGACGCCGGAGCAGGCGAGGCAGUUGGGCAUCACGCCUGAGGAGGCGAAGGACCUUGCGAUAGGACUGAGCAGGGCAAGGUUGACGGAUGGGGAUCGGGUGGCGGAUGUUGUCCAGGAGGAGGGCAGUAGUGAUGACGAGGAGGAAGAGGAAGUACACAGGCAUGAGGAUGAGAGUGAUGAUGAAGAAAUGCAAGAUCUGGAUGAGAUGGACUCUCGGUUCUAG